AUGGCUCUACUUGCUAGAUCGGACCCCCUGCCACCUCUCUCUUGUGAGAUCGAGCCCCCUGCCACCUCUCCUUACCAGAUCAGGCCCCCCGCCGCCUCCCCCACCUCUUUCCUUGUCGGAUCGGCCCCCUGCUGCCUCCCCUUGUCGGAUCAGCCUCCCACCCAUCCCCUUGUUGGAUCGAGCCCCCCGCCACCUCUCCCUUAUCGGAUCGGGCCCCUUGCCACCUCUCCUUAUCGGAUCAGCCCCCUGGCCACCUCUCGCCUCCCCGAGCCCCUAGCCACAUCCUACCUCCCCGAGCCCCCAACCGCCUCCCCAAGCUCCAAGCCCCCGGCUACCUCCUGCCUCCCUAAGCCCCUGGCCGCCUCCCUUCUCCCCGAGUUCCCAGCUGCGAGCACCCAACCGCCUCCCCGAGCCUCCUACUGUGAGCCCCCAGCCACCUCCUGCCUCCCCAAGGCCCUGACAACUUCCUGCCUCUCCGAGCCUUCGGCUGCCUCCCGCCUCCCCAAGCCCCCAGCUGUGAGCCCUCGAUAG